UGCGCGCGGAGGAGCAGCGCUUAGAACCGCACAGCAAGGACUGGAGACUGCUUCACGUGUAGCUUCAACGACAACGAGAGGUCUGUGCGGAUACGGUCCACCUACAAUCUUACGGAGUAACGAUGGACCUUUGCGCAGGCUGCAUUUGGCGUUCGGCGAGGUGCACGGUGAAGCGAGCGCGCAGCACGCACUGCUGAGAUGAUGAUAAUGAUGAUGAGGGAAGCUAUGAGAGGUUGCGAGGAGAAAGGGUCAACGGUAACCUCGAGAUCGAAGCGCACACACGUUAUGCUGAGAGCUGCCAAAUGGAUGCUGCUGGAAAAUGACGGGUUUUGAGCUCCAGAGCUGUGUGUGUAGGAAUACCGUGGGCUGACUGUGGAGCGUUGAGGACUGUUCCCCAAUGGAAUGCAGAAAAGACCGCAGUGAAUGAAGUUGGUUGGUUUGUUGAUGCACUCAUUAACGCGUGAUACUAACAGUACACUUAACCAAAAGAGAUCGCGAAAUGCAUCAGAAGCAUCAAUGCAUCUUAUUUAUUUGAGCAUCCGCGAAGUGCGUUCUCAUCGGCGGGGGCGAUUUAAGCACAAAAAGGCGCACGCUCACAAUUCACCUUAUUGUUUUGAUUUGUUGAGCAGUUUUCCAGGCGUCUUCUUGGUCGCUAGUGUUCGUCAGCAGUCCUGAUCGGCGCGGGAUGGUGGAGACGCUGAGCAUCGCUGUCAUCGGAGCGCCUGGAGUCGGGAAAACUUCUAUCAUCCGUCAGUUUAUUUACAGUGACUUCUCCGAGACGUACACCCCCACCCAAACGCGAUACGUGUACAGACCCUCGGUCAUUCUUAACGGUGUUAUGUACGAUCUGAAGAUUUUGGAUGUCCCGCCAAUAUCCUCCUUUCCUUCAAGCCCAAGUCAGGAGUGGCUGGAUAUGCGGUGUAGAGGGGUCCGCAGCGCAAACGCCUACAUUCUGGUCUAUGACAUCUGCUGUGUGGAGAGCUUUGAGUAUGUCAAGAUGAUCCGACAGCAAAUUGUGGAUAACAGAGUGGGCAGCAGUAGUGAGGUGCCCAUCCUGGUGGUGGGCAGUAAGCGGGACCUUCAGCGGCAUCGGUUCACCCAGCGCAGGGCCGUGUCUGUCCUGGUGAAGAAAACCUGGAAGUGCGGCUAUGUUGAGUGCUCUGCUAAGUAUAACUGGCAUGUGCUUCUGCUCUUCAAAGAGCUCCUGGGAAUAGCCGUGGCACGAGGACUGCGUCCGAACCACACCUCUAUCCGACUCCAAGGGGCAUUGCAGAGGAACCGCUGUAAUGUCAUGUGACAGAUAUGUAGCCUUUUUUGAAUUUAUGCUUAUUUAGGACCAGUUUGUUUGAUCAGAUUCUUAAUUAUCUGAUUUUAACUGGUUCUAAGUCAGUAUUGAACGCCAGCUUUGCUGUACCACAAGG